AUGAAGCGUGAUGUUUCGACGGUGAGGCCGAGAUGGAAACGGCAGUCGCUUCUAGAAACUCAAGGAAACUGUUUUAACUCACCAGUCAAGCGGAAGGAAAGGUCGAAAACAGUUCAACGAAACAAUGAAGAAAUCAGUGAACCCAUAACCAGUCUGGACGUUGAGCAUGACAGUUCGGUCAAAAUUCUACUGGCCGCAUAUACCCCCGCCAAAACCCAACCAAACGCACGUCUGCUGUGGACCGUCAACCUAAAUCCGCUCACCGUAUCUGAAGUCUACUCUCUCUCUGCUGCUGCUUUGUUGGAGAAAUAA